GUUUAAGGAAGAAGAACCUGUCCCCUGGAGCUGUGGAAUCUGAUGUCAGGGGAAUAACAGGAGUGGAUUUGUUUGGGACAACGGAUGCGGUUGUGAAGCACGUUCUCGAGGGUCACGAUCGUGGGGUGAACUGGGCUGCUUUCCACCCGACCAUGCCGCUGAUUGUGUCAGGAGCUGAUGAUCGGCAAGUGAAGAUCUGGAGGAUGAAUGAAUCGAAGGCCUGGGAGGUUGACACUUGCCGGGGGCAUUACAACAACGUCUCCUGUGCUGUCUUUCACCCACGGCAGGAAUUAAUCCUCAGCAAUUCAGAAGACAAGAGCAUCCGUGUCUGGGACAUGUCUAAACGCACGGGUGUCCAGACCUUUCGACGUGAUCACGAUCGCUUUUGGGUAUUGGCUGCUCAUCCCAACCUCAACCUCUUUGCUGCAGGCCAUGAUGGUGGCAUGAUUGUGUUCAAACUGGAGAGGGAGAGACCUGCUUAUGCUGUGCAUGGGAACAUGCUCUAUUAUGUCAAGGACCGUUUCCUUCGCCAGCUGGAUUUCAACAGUUCCAAAGACGUCGCUGUCAUGCAGCUGAGAAGUGGUUCCAAGUUCCCUGUGUUCAACAUGUCCUACAACCCAGCUGAGAACGCUGUCCUUCUCUGCACAAGAGCCAGCAACUUAGAGAACAGUACUUAUGACCUCUACACCAUUCCCAAGGAUGCAGACUCCCAGAAUCCGGAUGCCCCUGAAGGGAAACGUUCCUCCGGGCUAACAGCUGUGUGGGUAGCUCGUAAUCGCUUCGCAGUCCUGGAUCGAAUGCAUUCGAUCCUGAUCAAAAACCUGAAGAAUGAGAUCACAAAGAAGGUGCAGGUGCCAAACUGUGAUGAGAUUUUCUACGCUGGCACGGGGAACCUGCUGCUGAGAGAUGCCGACUCCAUCACCCUCUUCGACGUGCAGCAGAAGCGAACUCUGGCCUCAGUGAAGAUCUCCAAGGUGAAAUACGUCAUCUGGUCGGCUGACAUGUCCCAUGUAGCUCUGCUGGCUAAACAUGCCAUCAUGAUCUGCAACAGAAAGUUGGAGUCACUGUGUAACAUCCAUGAAAACAUCCGUGUCAAGAGCGGUGCCUGGGAUGAAAGUGGUGUUUUCAUCUAUACCACCAGCAAUCACAUCAAAUACGCUGUCACCACAGGGGAUCAUGGAAUCAUCCGUACCCUGGACCUGCCCAUCUACGUUACUCGUGUGAAGGGGAACAACGUGUACUGCUUGGACAGAGAGUGUCGCCCCAGGGUCCUCACCAUUGAUCCCACAGAAUUCAAAUUCAAGCUGGCAUUGAUCAACAGAAAGUAUGAUGAGGUGCUUCACAUGGUGAGGAAUGCAAAGCUUGUGGGCCAAUCCAUCAUUGCCUACCUGCAGAAAAAGGGCUACCCUGAGGUGGCCCUACACUUUGUCAAGGAUGAGAAGACCCGUUUCAGCCUGGCACUGGAGUGUGGCAACAUUGAGAUUGCUCUGGAAGCAGCCAAAGCUCUGGAUGACAAGAAUUGUUGGGAGAAACUGGGAGAAGUGGCUUUACUUCAGGGAAAUCACCAGAUUGUGGAGAUGUGCUACCAGCGCACCAAGAACUUUGACAGACUCUCCUUCCUCUAUCUCAUCACUGGCAAUCUGGAGAAGCUUCGGAAGAUGAUGAAGAUAGCUGAGAUCCGUAAAGAUAUGAGUGGCCACUACCAGAAUGCCUUGUACCUAGGAGACGUGGCAGAGAGAGUGAGGAUCCUGAAGAACUGUGGGCAAAAGUCCCUGGCCUAUCUCACGGCUGCAACUCAUGGUCUGGAUGAAGAAGCUGAAAGCUUGAAGGAAACAUUUGAUCCUGAAAAGGAAACGAUUCCAGACAUUGAUCACAAUGCAACGCUGCUGCAGCCUCCUGCUCCUGUCAUGCCUCUGGAUACCAACUGGCCAUUGCUGACUGUCUCCAAGGGCUUCUUUGAAGGAACAAUUGCUAGCAAAG